CCGACGGUACGCGAAAAAAAAUCUAACUGUCAAAUUUAGAACCGUAUUCUAUAUUCGAAAUCAAAACAAAUUACCGCAUGUUUCAAUUACCGAUGUUUUAUAUGUGAAAGUGGUUUGAUAAGUGAAAGGCGCUGCAAAAGGUAACUAUCAAGUCGAUAUGUCACAAUUCGACAAUAAUCUACGAACACGAUGAGGUCGGUGGAACAUGGACCAUGGGACACCACAGAUUGUCCUUCACAGAACAAAUAUCCCACAAGACUCGAAGAAAGAAAAAAUAUUUGUCCUACACAAAAUCCAAAAUACGACAAACAAACAGAAAGUACAAAUGAGGAUAACAAAGUUAUAAAUAUAAGACACAGAAAGUCAUUCUCAAAAUGGCUUUCGUCAAUAUGGCGUAGCGACAUAAAAUGGCGGAAUACAAAAUGGUGGUACGACACAAGAUGGCGGGUGCAUUUACGAAUGCUGCUAACGUUGAUUAUACUGAGCGUCACUGGAAAAGCUGAUGCUGAAGGCAUAACGAGCAGGGUUCUGGCAUCGUUUUUCGGGUACCCGUCUACAUGCAGCAUUGGGGCGGAGGUCCGAACGUGUACCCUAUCGAUAACCUGCUGGCUGCAGGGUGGAACGAGGGUCAGAGGGUGCGGGAGCAGCUGGCUGUUCUCAUGCUGCAUAGCCCCGGAACCUGGGAGAAACGACUUUGAUAAUAAGAUACCAACAUCGGAGUGGAGGUACAAGGUGGUGCCGCCGAAGCUGCGACAGGUCCCGCAGAGGAGCGUCGUGCCCACCAACGUCUUCCGAAGACGGGUGGAUGAUGAUGUUAACCAGGUCGACUGCGGUCUUCCACUGUCCAGGAUACUGCAGAAGAGAAUCAUCGGUGGAAGAGAAGCGAGGUUCGCGGAGUUCCCCUGGCAGGCACACGUCAGGAUAUCGGAGUACCAGUGCGGAGGAGUACUAAUUUCCAGGAGAUACGUGGCUACAGCCGCCCACUGCGUGUCGCGAGCUCGGCCGCGGGACAUCGCCGUGUGGUUGGGGGCGUUGGACACCACCGCUGGGUCACACACUGCGAGGAAACUGGGGGUGGUCCAGAAAAUCCUCCAUCCCCUCUUCCAGUUUCGUAUGACUCAGCCCGACAGAUACGACAUAGCGCUGCUGAGGCUGUCUCGACCCGUCAUCUACACUAGUCACAUCCUACCGAUCUGUCUGCCGGAGUUGGACCUGGAGCUGCGAGGGAAGUCGGGGGUGAUCGCUGGGUGGGGCAAAACCGACACCAGUACAGGUCACACUGGUACCAACCUGUUGAGAUCUGCCACUGUUCCUAUUUUAAGUACAGAACAAUGCAUCGCUUGGCACAAGAGCAAGCAGAUAUCUGUGGAGAUACACUCGGAGAUGAUCUGCGCGGGACACUCUGAUGGCCACCAGGACGCCUGUCUUGGUGACUCCGGAGGCCCUCUUAUAGUAUUGGAUAAUGGGAGAUACUAUCUAGUAGGGAUCACAUCUGCGGGAUUCGGCUGUGGCGUGGAUCACCAACCAGGGAUCUACCACAACGUCAAAAUAACCACUAACUGGAUCAAAGAUAUCAUAUCUCCUAUUGCCAAUUAUAUCGACUUUUGAGAUGUUGAAAAAGUAUUAGAUUGUGAUGGAGCGUGACGAAAUAGAAUUUGGGGUGACAUGGAAAUUAUGGUUAAGAUCACAAUAAGAUGUAGAGCUCUUGACUAAAAAACCUUCUCACCAAUC